AUGACUUUAAAAUCAGUCAAUUGCUUGAGGCGUCCACUGCACUUCAGAAGCUUGGCCAUUCCUCUACGUCAAUCACCAAUUAAAUCAUGCAUCGCGCAAUAUAGCUCCCAUUCACCAAUGGGCUCAACAGCCGCCAGCACACGCAAAAAAGUAACAAUCCAGACCAUUCAAAACCUCUACAAAAAGAACGAACCCAUCACAGUCCUCACAGCAUCCGAUUUCCCUAGCGGCCAUGUCGCCGACACAGCCGGAAUGGAGAUCGUGCUCGUAGGCGACAGCCUCGCAAUGGUCGCAAUGGGCAUGGAAGAUACAAAUGAAGUAACAAUGGACGAGAUGCUCCUCCAUUGCCGGAGUGUAAACCGCGCCGUCAAGAGCGCCUUUACUAUCGCAGACCUACCAAUGGGCUCGUACGAAACAACCCCAGAAAAAGCCCUAACCUCUGCAAUCCGAAUGGUAAAAGAAGGCGGAAUGAAAGGCGUGAAACUCGAAGGCGGAGCAGAGAUGGCAUCAACAAUCCGCAAGAUCUCACAAGCUGGGAUCCCCGUCAUGGCGCACAUCGGACUAACACCGCAGCGACAGCACUCUCUAGGCGGGUUCCGUGUGCAGGGCAAGUCAGCCGCGGGCGCAGUGAAACUGCUGCGGGAUGCGUUGGCUGUGCAGAAGGCUGGUGCUUGUAUGGUUCUUAUUGAGGCUGUGCCGCCUGAGAUUGCGGCGAUUGUUACGCAGCGGCUAAGCGUCCCGACUAUUGGGAUUGGUUCUGGGAAUGGGUGUUCGGGACAGGUGCUUGUGCAGGUUGAUAUGCUUGGGAAUUUCCCGGAGGGGGAGGCUAGGAGGGGGAUUGAGGCUUAUAGGGAGGAGGUUAAGAGUAGGGCCUUUCCUUCGGUUGGGUAUACUUAUCCGGUUUCUAAGGAGGUUUUGGAGGAGUUCGAGAAGGUUGUUGAUGAUGUUGUGGGCGAGGAAGAAUAA